CCGCCCUCGGUUGGUGGUUGCAUGACAAUUCUUUUGUUGUGAUCAACACUCAAAUUUUCGAUGUUGGGAAAACGGAACGAAGCUGUGAGUUCCAGCGAUGGUGGUUUAAAUCUAAAGAUGUCUUCUGUUGUUGAUGGUAGACGUGAUGCUGACAAGCCGAUUGAUCGGGAGAAGACCUGUCCGCUUUUGUUGAGAGUGUUUCUAAAUAAUGGAAGGCAUCAUUCGUUAGGAGAAUUUAUCAGGGGAAAUGUGCCUUCUAAUGAAUUGCAGAUAUAUACUUGGUUGGAUGCUACACUUAAAGAGCUUACAAAUUUAGUGAAAGAAGUCAAUCCAGAUUCUCGCAGAAAAGGUACAUACUUUGAUUUUGCCCUUGUUUAUCCUGAUGUACGAGGACCUGGAUAUCGAAUGAGAGAUAUUGGUACUACAUGUUCUGGUCAGAAAGGCCCAGAUGACAAUAAAUCAUUAUCUUCAUGUCGUUUCAAAAUUGGCGAUUACUUGGAUAUAGCAAUUUCGCCUCCAUCAUCAAGAGGACACCUACCAUCUCGGAGAGGAAGAUAUAUGUACUGAAGUUUCAAUCACAUGCAUAUAUGAUCAUAUUUUUUUUCAGUAGAAUCCCGAUUUAACGUCAUGAACAUUUAAUGCUUUCUCACUUUUAAUGUUUUUUCUUGGUCCUGACGUUUCUUCAAUACUGUUAAUGUUUUUCCUUUUAUGUAAUGCAAUUUAUUCAUUGCCUUCCCAUGUAAAACAUUUCCAUCCUUAAAAUGCCAAGCAUUUUUUGGUCAUAGUUCUUUUACAUAUCUAUGUUGUGGUAAAUCUGAUGAACUGGUGAUUGUAUGCAACAACUGAUGAUUAUUCAUAAUCACCAAUAAAGUUGGCAAAUGUGAUAAAUUUUUCAAUAUUUAUAAAAUUACCUGUUUAUUUUUCCUAAUCCUGAUUCCUCAUGAGGAAUUUAGUACAAUAAAAUUUUUCUGUGGAGUAACAAGGGCUUCAUUCCCAAAAAUGAAUAUUUUCAACGCUAAAAAAAUUCCUUAACAGUUAAAAAUGUUAUGAUAGCUAUUAAAACAAAAAUAUUGCAAUUUAAAAAUGCUAUAAAAGUGCUGUUGCUUUACUCGACUUUCAUUAGGUACAAUAGAACAUGUAAAUUAGGAAAUGUCAACUAAUGUAGUGUAUCCUCUAAAAAUGCAUUACAAAAUGCAAACUGUUCAAAACUACCAAAAAUAAAAGGUUGUUAUUUCAAUAAAUUCUUCACUUUGAUCUAAGUAAAAUAGCUUUGAGUUAAAAAAUAAUUAGUAUUUCCAGAUAACUUUUUGUCCAGUCAAGUUAAAGACCUGAAUAAAGAAAACAAUAUUAUUACAAGAACAGUUCCACAUCAAAAAUAAGCUGAACCCAAAUCUUUCUAGAGUAAAAAAGCAUUUACUUACAUUAACUUGUAAGUUGAUUUAUUUAGAGUCAUUUUUGUUAUAACAUUCACACAGAAUUACAUAGUUAGCCAGCUUUUUUUUUUACAUUAUCACUUUUCUCCAAUCCAAGUACAAUAUUGAUAUUCCUUACCUCCAAAAAGAGAUGAUUUUCUAACACAUUCUUGAAGUAAUAUUGUUAGAUCUGGAAUAUUGUUGAGUAAAAUAAAUUUUUCUUCCCAAAUUAUUAACUGAAUUCUGAUAAAAUUAUGAACUUUUAUUACAUCCCCCAUUAUAAGUUGGAGAUUAUAUAAAAAAAACCUGUAAGUUUUAUUCAAUCAUUUCUCACAUUUACCAAUUUUAGUAGUGAUUAUGAAUAAUCCAUGGAGAUUUUGAAAAAACACCAGAUUUAUCCCAUUUGACGUAACAUAUGCAAUCCAUUUAUUGUUGUAAAACCAAAUGAUCAAAACCUCAUUCCUUUUAAAUAAGGACUCUCUAUUAAAUUAGUAUUGAAUAAAGAUUCUGUUCAAGAUACCAGUUUUUGAAUGUUUUUUUUUUCCCCUAAGUUUGAUUGUAAUUUUGAAAAAUUUUAUCAAUCGUAAUGCAAACGUUUUUGUAAGCAAUUUCCAAAAUGUUUGAUUUCAUAAUGUUGUCUAAGAAAUAAAAGAUAAGAAA